UAUGGAACAGUUCAAUCCUGGGCUACGAAAUUUAAUAAACCUAGGAAAAAAUUAUGAAAAAGCUGUUAAUGCUAUGAUCCUUGCGGGGAAAGCCUACUACGAUGGAGUGGCCAAGAUUGGUGAGAUUGCCACCGGGUCCCCCGUGUCAACAGAGCUGGGCCAUGUUCUCAUAGAGAUUUCAAGUACCCACAAGAAACUCAAUGAGAAUCUUGAUGAAAACUUCAAAAAAUUCCAUAAAGAGAUUAUACAUGAGCUGGAGAAGAAGACGGAACUUGAUGUAAAAUACAUGAAUGCAACUCUCAAAAGAUACCAAACGGAACACAAAAGUAAGUUAGAUUCUCUGGAGAAAUCUCAAGCUGAGUUGAAGAAGAUCAGAAGGAAAAGUCAAGGAGGACGAAAUGCACUCAAAUACGAACACAAAGAAAUUGAGUAUGUAGAAACCGUUACGUCUCGCCAGAGCGAAAUCCAGAAAUUUAUUGCAGAUGGUUGCAAAGAAGCUCUACUUGAAGAGAAAAGGCGCUUCUGCUUUCUGGUCGACAAACACUGUAGCUUUGCAAAUCACUUACAUUAUUAUCAUUUACAGUCUGCAGAAUUACUCAAUUCCAAGCUGCCCCGGUGGCAGGAAACGUGUGGUGACGCUACCAAAGUGCCCGAGAAGAUCAUGAAUAUGAUCGAGGAAAUAAGGACCCCAAGCUCUACCCCCGUGUCCGGGACGCCCCAGCCCUCACCGAUGAUUGAGAGAAGCAGCAUGGUUGGGAAAGAUUAUGACACUCUUUCUAAAUAUUCGCCAAAGGUGCCCCCAGCUCCUUCAGCCAGAGCGUAUACUAGUCCUUUGAUUGAUAUGUUUAAUAACCCAGCAACAGUUGGACAGAAUUCAGAAAGGAUAAAGAAUUCAACAGAUUCUUCAGAUGAUCCCAGUUUACAGCGAUCAGUCUCUGUUGCAACUGGACUGAACAUGAUGAAGAAGCAGAAAGUAAAAACCAUUUUCCCACACACUGCUGGCGCAAACCAGACUUUGCUCAGCUUCGCGCAGGGAGACAUCCUCACACUGCUCGUCCCUGAGGAGAAGGACGGCUGGCUUUAUGGAGAGCAUGACACCACCAAAGUGAGGGGCUGGUUCCCAGCAUCCUACACAAAGUUGCUGGAAGAAGAUGAAAAGGAGGCCAUGAGUGUGCCCACACCAAGCCUGGCCCCAGUGAGAAGCAUCAGCACGGUGAACUUAUCUGAGAAAAGCAAUGUCGUCAUUCCCCCACCGGAUUACUUGGAAUGUUUGUCCCAGGGAGCGGCUGCAGAUAAGAAAGCAGAUGUUUCCAAAAAUACUUCUACCUUUAAAGCACCGGUGUCCCAGCCAGAAGCCACAUCUCCUAACGAUGCAAAUGGAACAGCAAAGCCUCCUUUCCUCAGCGGAGAGAACCCCUUUGCUACCGUGAAACUCCGACCGACGGUGACAAACGAUCGCUCAGCGCCCAUCAUCCGAUGAAGGGAGGGCCCAGGAGCUCCAGUUCCUCCGUUAAGUUCUCACUUGCAAAAUGAUACAAGUUGUUUGACGUGCUGUAACUGUUGUAAAGCUUCGCCAAAGGGUGCCUGAUUUUAACUGUAUUCUACUUGAGCAAAUCAAUGCAUUCUCUCAAUUUAACAUAGUUGUGUUGAUACAUUUCCAUCUUUAAGAAGAUGAAGAAUAGUUUAGCUACCAACUCAGUCAUUUAAAAAUCUGUUCAUCAGAAGACAGUAAAUUUGGUUCCAAUCCUUACUGUAUCAUUUUUAAAAUAUUCUAUGAUUUUUUUUUAAUAGCCAGAGUAAGGGAUAGUCUAUGCUUUCAUGACUGGGUUUCUGCACCUGAAUGCAAAGGAGACCACAGUUUUAUUUUAUAAAGCAUGUGCUCUUACCUAGCAUUAUGACAUUUAUCUAAAAGAAAUGAUGUGUAAAUUUGCAUCUUAGCAUGCAAAUCAUAAUUGUAAGCAAUAUAAAUUAUGAGACUAUUAUAUAAAAUUUAAUUUUUAACUUAAAAAUUUUAAAUUGUUUAAUCAGAUGUAGAGUUACCUAAGAUGGAGGAAUCCCCAAGUUUCCUUCGGUUUAGACAUACCUGAAGAGCGUGCAGACAUUUUGCCUGACCCUGUCACAGCCAUGAUGUUUAGUACUCGAAUAAUCCCAGAGCUAUUGAGUUUAGUAGUUUGGAGUUACGAACUCCCCGACUCAGUGCAGAGAAGACACCAGGCCUUGCUGCACGUGGGCCUGGCUCAGAGCGUCACACAUGCGUGUGAGGGCCCCACGCGAGUGACCCCAGGGUGUUCUCGCUAUGCUCGUUGAUCGAAGCUGCCUCCCUAGCUAGUGUACUUCAUUUCUGAAAUCAGGUACUGACCCCCACUCCCGCAAAGAGCACGUAGAUAGCCAGGACCUGAGUGUUAGUGGCUGGGAUGGGAAGGUCUGCAUUUCAUCUGAGACCUGCCAUCACAGCCUCAGAACUGGGAACUCUGAGCCAGUGGCCGAGUUUACGUCUGGCUGCCAGGGACUGGGCCCUGUUUUGGAGGAGUGCAGAAUCAGGACGCACACCCUGGCCAUUCACUGUGUGUGGGCGGAGAGGGCCUCAUUUAUCACAGCUCCGUUGGUCUCGCCAUAAAUAUGAACAUUUUUCUAUAAACUUGAAAGUGGUCAUGGUCAAAUGCAGGUAAACCACUGGAAGCGUGUGACACCUCACGUUCUUGGUCCUGUCCUGGCUGCCAGGCGAAUCGGGCGACCCCGAGGGCUGAGGAGUCAGACCUACGUGAGGGUCUUCCAGGCCGAGUUGGCAAACAGCACACCUGUCCUGAGAGAAGACGCUCCAGCCAAUAAAGAAACCACAGUCCCAUCUCGUUCAGCGGUCCCUGCUUCUCUCAGCAUCUGAGUAAGAGGAGGGUUCGUGGCAGCUCAGUAUUUGCAAUGGGGGGGGGGGUGAGGCCUCCCUGACCUCCAGAGCUCUGCUCUUUGGGAUCCUCCAGCUUUGUUACAGAGACUCUCAGGUGCGGUCUCUGCGGGCUCGCUUGGCUCGCCCGACCUGGUCUCGGCCUUCACAGACGACUGGUGGGCACUCGCCUGCCUCACCGAGGAGGGGAGGGCUUAGCUCAGGUCCUGGGCACAGAGGUGGGUGCUCUGUAAGUAAGUGUCAAGGUAUUAGGUUUCGUUAUAUUAAUAAAAAUUUGGAAAGCACACUCUU